UGUGCUGGCAACAGAUGAUGGAUGGUAAAAAAGAACUUCUGCACGUACAGCAGGAGCAGACCUGCUCUGGGCUCAAGUCCCCUUAGCCCCUAACUGACCCACGGAUCCCCCUUAACUCCAAAGGCCACUCUGAGAAAUAGGCUGGUGGGCGGGCGAAACUCCAGAUCCCAGAAUGCCGAGGACGUGCCUCCCAACCCCUCUGUAGCCGGUUCGCUCCUCAUUGCAUUCCGGGAAAUGUAGUUUCUUUCUAAUCAGUAACCCACACUCUUGGAAACCAGGGCUGUAAGGUUUAAGGGAUCCGCCCCUCCAAUGGCCCCGCCCUCUCCAUUGACCCCGCCCCAGGUUGCCCAGGAGAUGAGAGACGCCGAAUCUUGGUCGGUGCUGCUGGCGUGGGGAGCAUGAUAGGUGCAGAAAAGAAAUCCUCCGAGGUCUGAAUGUGGAGGUCAUCCAUGGAGAGUUCUGAUAGCUUCUGCCAGGACUAUUGCAGCAGUAGGCAAUACGGGUUUGAGCUCGGACCCACGGACUUGCUGGAGCGCAAGGGCUCCCUGACCCUCCGCUCCCAUCACAAGAAGUACUCGAAGCCAGUGUUGGUGUAUUCUUGGCACCAUGACAGAGAAGCCUAUCCCAAAGAUUAUGAUAUAGAAGGUCCCGAGGAAAUAAAAAAACUGUGUAAUUCAACAUAUUGGCGACUUGGAACCAAUGAACCCCCACUUCUAUUUUUCCAGAUUUGGAUAUCAGAAACACAUGAACAAAUGGCACAAGUUUAUUUAAACAGAGAAUUGGCUGCAAUAAAAAGAAAGGCUUUACUGAAUGAAGAAACAAUGAGCUCUGGGAUUAUUGAAAGGGACACUGGAUUGCCUGCUACUGGCUUUGGAGCUCUCUUUACUAGACACCCACCAGAUCAUCGCAAAAUGUGUGCAUUGACAACAUAUGCUGAAGACUAUGCUCCACCAUAUGAUUAUCAGCCACUUGAUUAUCCUUGUCAAGAUGAUUAUUCAAUAGUCCACAGAAAAUGCCGUUCUCAGUUCACAGAUCUAGAUGGUUCCAAAAGAUUUGGCAUCAGCACUUGGCAUGAUGAAAGUGGGAUUUAUGCUAAUUCAUAUAUAAAACAAAAACUCUACCCAUUAACUGGUGGUCCUAUUGUCCCCUUUUUAAAAUAAUAUAUGGAAUCAGAUUCUCUAACUAAUGAAAGAAUAAUGGAUAUAACAGUUGAUUUGCUAUCCUAAUAAAUGCAAUGGAAAUGGUGUUACUAUAGUAGAUUCCUUUAAAAACAAUAUCUUAAAUAUUCUAGGCCAUCAUGUAUAUAUCCUUCUUCUCAUAAAGCUACUCUGGUAUUUCCCAAAGUUUAAUGUGUAUACCAGGGAAGGUGUACAGCACAAUUCUAGAUGGUAAUUGCUGGAAUUUUCUUUUAUUUAUGGACUAUGUAUUUAUUUUAAAUUUUAUUAGAAAAAAUGUAUAAAGCUAGCACAGUCAAGCUUAUGAUUGCUUAGAAUGGAAAAAAUUUUUAAAAAGUAACCCAACUUAAAUUCCACUUUUAAGGGAAAAAAAACAUACAUGGUACUCAGAUUUGACAUGAAAGUCAAAUGGCUGAAGUUUGGGCAACACGGGAGAGAGAGAGAGAGAGAGAGAGAGAGAGAGAGUUGCAGUGGAGGUGGGGUGUGUAUCUAUUUAUAGACUUUGGUUUAUCUAUGCUGGCUAACUGCAGUGUGGAUUGUUUAUUCAGCAUAGUGCUUUUCCUUACUUAAGACAAUACUUUUUGAGCAUAUGGAAUAGGAGAGAUGUAGCCAGAAUCUUAGUGAAACUUUAGGGUUUGAUGGGAAAACUUUAGGGUUUGAUGUCUGCAUCUAAUAUUAUAUUUAGAAGAAAUCUUAGCAGUUGUUUUGACUUAACAUCCCAUUUUACAGAUAAGCAAACAGAAGCUCACAGAGAUUUAAACAGGUUGCCCAGAGGUACAUAGAUAGCAGAUUCGAAUUGAUUUUUGAAGUACCUUUGAUCUUUUCUUUCUUUGGAGGGUGAGUUUAACUAUUUGGUCAGCCUAGGAUUAAUUUGCUGUCAUUAUCUUCUUUAAAAUGUAAAUUCAUGAAAUAGCACUUAUGAUAAAUGCUAAUUUAGCAUUGCCUCCAACUCUUGAUCAGCAAAUUAUGGUGGAGACCAUAAGCCUUGUGAGUGGAGAAAUGAUAACUAAUAAAGAAAAAGAAAAUGUGGAUAUGCCUGGUAAGCAUUCAUCAGCAGAAUUUGACUAUAAUUUCUUGCUGCUUUAAAGUAUGUGUCUGCAUGUACACACAAUAUACAUAUAUAUAUUAUACAUAAAUAUGUAUAUUAUAAGCGUAAUGUUAAUUCUUUUUCUUAUUUUUAAUUGAAGUAUAGUUGAUAUACACUAUUAUAUUAAUUUCAGGUGUACAACUUAGUGAUCUGACAAUUAUAUACAUUACAAUAUGCUCACUAUGGUAAGUGUAGUUGCCAUCUGUCACCAUAAAGAGUUACUAUAAUAUUUUUGGCUAUAUUCCCUAUGUUAUACUUGUCAUCCUCUUAGCUUAUUUAUUUUAGGACUAGAAGUUUUACCUCUUUUAUUUUUGAGAGAGAGAAAGAGAGAGCGCAUGCACAAGUUGGGGAGGGGUAGAGAGAGAGAGGGAGACAGAAUCCAAAGCAGGCUGCAGGCUCCGAGCUGUCAGCUCAGAGCCUGAUGUGGGGCUCAAACCCACAAACCCUGAGAUCAUGACCUGAGCCAGAGUCAGAAGCUUAGCCAACUGAGCCACCCAUGCGCCCCUGGAAGCUUGUACCUUUUAAUCUCCUUCACCUAUUUCACCUAUUCUUCACCACUACCCUUCCCUCUGGCAACUACCAGUUUGUUCUCUGUAUUUAUGAGUCUUUUUCUGUUUGUUCAUUUGUUUGGUUUUAGUUUCCACAUAUAAGUAAAAUCGUAUAGUAUUUGCCUUUCUCUGUCUGACUUAUUUAACUUAACGUAAUACCCUCUAGGUCCAUCCAUGCUGUUAUGAAUGGCAAGAUCUCAUUUUUUUUUCAUCGCCAAGUAAAAAAAGCCACUGAAAAAGAAAGGUGUACCACAUCUUUAUCUGUGCAUCUAUCAGUGGACGCUUAGGUUGGCUAUUAUAAAUGAUGCUGCAAUAAACACAGGGGUGCAUAUAUCUUUUUGAAUUGGUGCUUUCAUUUUCUUUAGAUAAAUACCCAGAAGUACAAUUACUGGGUUUAUAGUAUUUCCAGUAUUUGCAUUUUUAAUUUUUUGAGGAACCUGCAUACUGUUUUCUAUUGUAGCUGCACCAAUUUACAUUUCUACCAACAGUACAAAAGGGUUCACUUUUCUCCAUAUCCUCACCAACACUUGUUAUUUCUUAUCUUUCUGAUACUAGCCAUUCUCACAGGUAUGAGGUAAUAUUUCAUUGUGAUUUUGCUUUGCAUUUCCUUGAGAAUUAGUGAUAUUGAGCAUCUUUUCCUCUUUCUGUUGGCCGUUUGUAUGUCUUCUUCAGAAAAAGACAUGCCCCUCUGCCCAUUUUUCAAUCAGAUUAUGUGUUUUUUAUGUUGAGUGGUAGAAGUUCUUUAUAUAUUUUGGAUACUAACCCCUUAUUGGAUAUAUCAUUUGCAAAUAUCCUCUCUUAUGCACUUGGUUCCUUUUUGUUUUGUUGAUGGUUUCACUGUGCAAAAGUGAAACUUUUUUAGUUUCAUGUAAUCCCAAAUGUUUAUUUUUGCUUUUGUUUCCCUGACCUGAGGAGACAGAUCCAGAAAAAUAUUACUAAGACUAAUGUUUAAGAGUUUACAUAUGCCUAUGUUUUCUCUUGGCAGUUUUUGUUUUCAGGUCUUACAUGUAGGUCCUUAAUCCAUUUCGAGUUUAUUUUUGUGUAUGGUGUAAGAAAGUGACCCAGUUUCAUUCUGUUGCAUUAAAAUGUUAAUUCUUUAUAUAUUGCCUAUUGUAGUGGCUACCUGCCUAGGAUUACCUUUCCUUCCACCAACUAUAAAUUGAAGUUUAAUCACCCCUAACACUCAGUAACAUAUCUAGGGUAGACAGCUGUUUGAAGUAUGCUGAAUAGCUUCUCAUCAUUUGGUUUUCUUCCCUUUUUGUAAGGAAAAAGUCUUAAUGGCCAUAUCAUUAUCUUUGAACAAUGCCUGGUACCUAGAAAAUAAGAUUAAUCUGCUUUAGCAGAAAUUCUGUAUUAUCAGAAUGACUAACAUCACAGUUUCCAUAAUUGGCCUACGUGUACCAUGAGGGAUCCACGUAGAAAUCUGCUUUGGGAGGAGCCUGGGUGGCUCAGUCAGUUAAGCAUCCAACUUCGGACUCAGGUCACAGUCUCGCCAUUCAUGAGUUCGAGCCCUGCAUUGGGCUCUGUGCUGACAGCUCGGAGCCUGGAGCCUGCUUCAGAUUCUGUGUCUUCCUCUCUCUCUGUCCCUUCAGCACUCGUGGUCUGCCUCUGUCUCUGUUUCUCUCAAAAAUAAACAUUAAAAAAAAUCCACUUUGGUUUGGUCUAGAAGGAGAAUAAGAGAUUAUAUUUGAACUAGUGAAGUAAAAUGGCACACUGAAAUAAAGAAUACAGCAGAGAUUUGCUCCAUUCCAAAUAUUCACUUGCCAUCCAUUAGUGAAUGAGUGAAUGUUGGACUGGAUGAACUUUACAAUAUUACUCUGAAACCCAGGUCUUAUAGGUGCAAGUAUUUUGUAUUGCUUUGGAUUUCUUUAGAUAACUGUUUCAGUGGUUUCUCUUGUUAGUAUCAAAGACCAUUUGAAACAAGAAAAAUUGGAGCUUUGAUUUGAUCAUUGGAAAUGUCUUCUUUAGGAAGUAACCACACAGCCUAUUUAUUUCCACAUGCAUACUUUAUAGGAUUUCACCCAAGGCACCAAAAUAACAACUAUCUCUUGUGUGUUGUGUAUAUUUAUAUUGUGUGUGUGUAUGUGUGUGUAUCUAUCUAUCUACACACACACACACACACACACACACACACACAUACACACACACACAAAUUUGUUCCAUAGCUUCCUUUUGGCCUUUGUGUCUGUUCUGUCAGACCUGUUGGUGUGAGCCCACCAUGGCAGAUGCAGACUGCUGUGGGGAGUGUGGGAGAUUGGUUGGGCAAAUCCUAAGUAGAUCUACUGCAGUGGUGGUUCUUUUUUUUUUUUUAAUUGUCAAUUUACCUAACAUACGGUGUAGUCUUGGCUUUAGGAGUAGAUUGCCAUGAUUCAUCACUUACAUACAACACCCUUUGCUCAUCCCAACAAGCGCCCUCCUCAAUACCCAUCACCCACCACCCCCAUCAACCCUCAGUUUGUUACAGAGUCUCUUAUGGUUUGCCUCCCUCUCUGUAACUUAUUUUUCUUUUCCUUCUGCUACGGUCUUCUGUUAAGUUUCUUAAAUUCCCCAUAUGAAUGAAAUCAUAUGAUAUCUGUCUUUCUCUGACUGACUGACUUCAUCUAGCAUAAUACCCUCCAGUUCCAUCCACAUUGCUGCAAAUGGCAAGAUUUCAUUCUUUUUUAUUUCUGAGUAGUAUUCUAGUGUGUGUGUGUGUGUGUGUGUGUGUGUGUGUGUGUGUGUGUACACACACACCACAUCUUCUUUAGCCAUUCAUCAGUUGAUGGACAUUUGGGCUCUUUCCAUAAAUUGGCUAUUGUUGAUAGUGCUGCUAUAAACAUUGGGGUACCUGUACCCCUUCGAAUCACCACUCCUGUAUCCUUUGGAUAAUUCCCAUAUUGGUGGUUCUUGAGUUAAAUUUGGCUUACAGGUAAGUUUUGUAUGGUCUUCAUGAUGUUUUUUUUUUUCAUUAAUUAAAAGAAAUCAAGGCAAAUUAUAUAAAUUAAGACAUUUUACUUAAAUGUCUGGAUUUCCAUGCCCUUGACAAAUUGGCAGAUCUGGCAGCAGAAGGCCUCAUUUUAAUACAGCAACAAUCAGCAGGGGGGAAAGCAUUCUUUUGAUGGGGGCUAAGAUCAUCAUUUUGCUGCAGUUCUUACCUGGUACACUUCACUCAUUUAUGGAUGCCUUGUGACCCUUUACCUAAGGAGGGGCAGGACAAACAUGAAAUAAUUAAGUUGUGUAGCGGAAGGGAAUGGAUAGCGGAAAAAUGGCAAAACUGGCAGCUUCUUGGUUACUAAGGUUAGGUUAGUAAAGGUAGAGACUGAAUCCUAGUAGAAGGGAUGUAGCAAAUCUGGUUGAGUUCGAAUAGGAGUCAAGAUCCCAGGGUAUGUGAUGAAGAAAAUAGAGCUGGGGAGUCAGCCAGGGGCUUCACUUUAGAAGUACAGAGGAACCUCAAAUCCACUGGAUUAUACUAGAAAUCCAUUUGGCAGUGAGGGAGGAAGUAAGCAUACUAGACCCAACCCCUGGGAUGUGGAGAUGACAGAUGAAGAUAAGUAGGGCCUGGCCAGCUUACUGGUUUACUUAGAAAGGAAAGCCCUGGAUAACAGUGUUCCGGAAGUAGAGGGAAACUCCAGAUUCAUAAGACCCCAGGCAGGAAUGGGAAGAUACUUUCUCAAAGCUGUGUUGACCAGCAGCUGACUUUAUUUCAGCGACAGUGGUGGACAAUUUGCCAAGAACUGGAAGCCCACUCCCAAAUAGCUGAGGUGGGACAAACAUGAGGCAGCCAUUAUAUGUCAAAGUGGAAAACCCAAAAUCUCACACAGUAAAUUAGUGUUCCCAAUUAAGAUCAUAAGCUUUAUAACAUUUUCGUAAGCUUUUAUUGAGAUAUGAUUCUGAACCAUCAACUUCACCCUUUUAAAGUGUAUGAUUCAAUGCUUGUUGGUAUUUUCACAGAGUUGUGCUCCCAUCACCACAAUCAAUUUUAGAACAUUUUCAUCACACCUAAAAGAAAUUCCAUAUCCAUUAGCUGUUAUUCCCCAUUCCCUCCCAAUCUCUCAGUCCUAAGCAACCACUAAUCUACUUUCUUUCUCUAUAGAUUUUCCUAUUCUGAAUAUUUUAUAUAAGUGAAAUCAUACACUGUGUGGUCUUUGUGACUAACUAGUUUCUUUCACUUAGCAUAAUGUUUUCAAGCUUCAUCUAUGUUGAAUGAAGUUGUCAGUACUCAUAAAGAUAUACUACAAUGUAUCCAUUCAUCAGUUGACAGACGUUGGGUUACUUCUACCUUUUAGCUGUUAUGAAUAAUGGUGCUGUGAAUAUUCGUGUAUGAGUUUUUGGGUGAAUGUAUGUUUCCAUUUCUCUUGGGUAUAUACCCAGGAGGGGAACUGCUGUGUCAUAUGGGAACUCUGUUUAAUCUUUUGAGGAACUGCCGAAUUAUUUCCUAAUGUAGCUUUACCAUUUUACAUUUUCACUAGCAGUGCAUAAGGGCUCCAAUUUUUCCAUAUCCUUACCAACAUCUGUUGUCUUCCAUUGUUUUGAUCAUAGCCAUUCUAGUUGGUGAGAAGUGGGGUCUCAUUGCAGUUUUCCUUUGUAUUCCCCUAAUGGCCAAUGCUGUUGGACAUCUUUCCAUGUGCUUAUUGGCUAUUUGUAUAUCUUCUUUGGAGAAAUCUUAAUUCAUAUCCAUUUUCCAUUUUUAACUGGGUUAUUUAUCUUUCAAGAUCAUAACAUUUUGUAACAUAAUUUUUUUUAAAAAAUGGUACACAUAAUCUAAAAAAAAAAAAAAGAUUUUCGUUCUAAACUUGAGAAGCAGCCUGGAAGAUUUCAUUUAGAAUCAAAUAUUGGAAUUUCUGUUACAAAGUGACAAUAUUUGAAAAUGAAGAGAAUCCUGGAAAAUUUUGGAGGCAGGCACUGUCGUGUGAAGAUUUAGAAUGCACGGGUGUGUGUUUAACCAGUGUUUUUGAUAAUGUUGAUACAGUAAGUCAAAGUAAUACUGAGAUUAUUUGUGAAAUGCUAUGGAAAUGUAUUCUUUUUUAUUAAACUUUUUUUAAUAUAAUUUAUUGUCAAGUUAGCUAACAUACAGUGUAUAAAGUGUGCUCUUGGCUUUGGGAGUCGAUUCCCAUGAUUCAUUGCUUACAUACAACACACAGUGCUCAUCCCAACAAGUGUCCCCCUCAAUGCCCAUUACCCAUUUUCCCCGCUCUCCACCCUUUCCACCCUCAGUUUAUAUUUAAGAGUCUUUUAUGGUUUGCCUCCCUCUCUGUAACUAUAUAUUUUUUUCUUUCCCUUCUCCCAUGGUCAUCUGUUAAGUUUCUCAACUUCCACAUAUGAGUGAAAACAUAUGAUAUCUGUCUUUCUCUGACUGACUUACUUCACUUAGCCUAAUACCCUCCAGUUCCAUCCACAUUGCUGCAAAUGGCAGGAUUCUGUCCUUUCUCAUUGCCAAGUAGUAUUCCAUUGUAUAUAUAAACCACAUCUUCUCCAUCCAUUUAUCAGUUGAUGGACAUUUGGGCUCUUUCCAUAAUUUGGCUAUUGUUGGUAGUGCUGCUAUAAACAUUGGGGCACAUGUACCCCUAUGAAUCAGCACUCCUGUAUCCUUUGGAUAAAUUCCUAAUAGUUCUAUUGCUAGGUCAUAGGGUAAUUCUAUUUUUAGUCUUUUGAGAGACCUCAACACUGUUUUCCAGAGUGGCUGCACCAGUUUGCAUUCCCACCAACAAUUCCCUUUUUCCAUGUUGUCGCCAACAUCUGUUGUUUCCUGAGUUGUUAAUUUUUGCUACUCUGAUUGGUGUGAGGUGGUAUCUUAAUGUAGUCUUGAUUUGUAUUUUGUAGAAAUGUAUUCUUUAAUUUUUUAUUACAUAUUUCUACUUUUCACCUAUCAGGAUAGUAACUUAGGCUUGCUGUCUAGGAAUCAAACUCAUCUCAUUUUCCAACACUCUUCCCUCAUACUAAAAUCUCCCCUCUAAGCAGUGGAUCUUAAUCUGUUGUGUUCAUGAGCACCUUUGACAGUCUAAAGAAAUCCAGACCUUUUACCCUGUAAAAGUUACAAAUAUUCCUGUGAAGAGAACAUUGGGAAACACUCUGACAUCAUAAGUAAUGAAGCUUUCCUCUGGAAGAUGACGAAAUAAAUUGUGAGUGUUUAGCAAGCUACUAUUAAGGUCUGUGUGUCCAUUUCUAGAAGAUAAAGUAUACAUGUAUGUACACACACACAUUGUAUUUUUGUAGGGCAACCACAAAAGAGAAUAUGUAAUUUUAUCAACUAGCAUUUGCUAACCAUGUGGUCUCCUGGGUGGUCUCUCUAGUCUGAGUGGCAACAACUGGGGCUGGAUGGUCUGGGAUGGUCUCACUCACCUGGCUGGCUCUUGGCUCAGAGUGAGCUGGAGGUCAGGGAUGCCCUUGCUGGGGGUCAUUCAUCAUGAGGCGGAGAGGCUGAGCAGCAGACUGGGCUUGUUCACAUGGUGAUGGCGAAGUCCCCAAGAGCAGCGUGUGGGGAAGCCUCUGUGCACAAGGCUUUUCAAACAUCUGCCUGUGUCAUAUUUACUACAGCCCGACUGGAGCACGUCUGGGGCCAUCCCAGAGUCGUAGGUGGGUUCUCCCAAAGAGUGUGGAUAAGAGGGGGUAGUUUGGUCCAUUUGUACAGUCUACCAGAGUACUGUUGUACUCUUGUGAGAAGUCCUUUUCUAUACAGAAAUUGUGCCUCUUCCCUUUAGUAUUUCUUUUUUUUUUAAUUUUUAAUGUUUAUUUAUUAUUGAGAGAGAGAGAAAGACAGGGUGUGAGCACAGGGGAGGGGCAGGGAGACAUAGAAUCCAAAGCAGGAUCCAGGCCCUGAGCUGUGAGCACAGAGCCCGAUGCGGAGCUUGAACCCACAAACUCUGAGAUCAUGACCUGAGCUGAAGUCAGAUACUUAACCAACUGAGCCACCUAGGCUAUCUCCCCACUUGGUACUUCUAUAAUAGAAACAGAAAGACCUUUUCCAUUUGUCUUAAGUUGGUAACAUAAUUUGGUGGCUUUUUUUUGUUGGUUUUUAUGUUUUUGUUUUUGUUUUUUUGUCACUUCAGACCCUUGCUCCUGUCAUUGACAGUCCUCACAAUGUUUAUGGGUUGGGAUAACUCUUCCAGGCCCACUCCUAAGACAAAGUGAAUGCUCCAAUCAGGGUUCACUGGAUAGCUGAGAUAGCUAGCUGAGAACUGUGAAGUUCCUUCUUUGGUAGACAGCUGGAAAUAGCAAGUAGAGAAUAAAGGAACACGAAAAAUAACCUGUUGACUUCUAUCUCCUACUGUCCUAGAACUAUCUCAUUGCAACGAAAGGAUCAAAGCAGUUGGCACAUUGUAGGAUAGCGUCAUCCACCCAAAAUACUUCAUACCUUUCCAGGAGCUUUAUGGAUACCCCAAAACCCAGUCAUCCAGGGUUGGAAGUUGGAGAAGGCAACAGUUACAUGGGAGAGGAACAUGACCUGAGUUUUCUAGAGGUUAAGGUCAGGGGCCAGACGUAGUAUAGAAUUUCCAGGUCUAGAGUCAGCUAACAGGGUUGAGAACCAACAUGUGCCAGUGCUUUUAGUAUAUUUACAUAAUUCCAUCAUCACAACAACUUAAUGGAUAUUGUAUACGUGUGUGUACAUGAAUGUGUGUGUGUGUGUGUAUGAAUGUGUGUGUGUAUGAUUAUCAUUACUUCUGUUUGGCAUUUAAGCUUCCAAUUGGUGAAGUGACUUUUGGAAUUAGAACCAAGACCCCUAAAAAUAAGCCCAGAACUUUCUUUAGAUGCUCACUGUUAAGACAAAUAUGAUUCAACUCUUAGUGAUUAAGGAAAUACUGUUCAUUUAGCCUGUGACUUUUCAGUGGCCCAUUUCUGGGCAGUUUGCCAAAUGGUCACACAAUCCAUGUCCCACCGAUUCUCCCAACAGAAAAUCAGCUCUGUACUUCCGUAGCCUGACCACUUUCUACCUGGUACUGUAUGGAUGUGCAGCCUUGUUUUCCCAUAUUAUUCAUUGGCCAUUGUUUUUAUGAAUCAGAGUUAAAGUGUGAGAGAAGUAAGCAUGCUAUGGACUCAGAGAGGCUCAAAACAUAAAAUUGUGACUUUUUUUUUUUUUUACUGUUUUGAAAAAUAUGCUUAUCCCCAGUGAAAUAGUCCCUAAUUCUCUCCCCAAGUCCGGAAUCGGUUGCUUCCUCCACCAUUUGUGACUUUUGUAUGAGUCUUUCAUGGCACUCAUCUGAUUAUCUUAUGGCCAUUUCACAGGGGUUCUUGAAGAGUAGGGAUCAUUUCUACUCAUCUGGGGGCCACGUGUUUCUAAAGCACAGUGGGCACUCGGAAGUGCUGAAGGAAUUCGCAUAAAGACCCCUGUCAUAAUCCUAUGCCGUUAGGAAUGAGUGCAUGGGUAACUGAUAAUUGCAAUCCAUGGAAUCGGAACGGCUUUGGCUAGAAGGAUUCAGAUAAUUAGCAUGUUUGUAUUACCAAGGGCUUCAGUGGUAAUCUUGGGAAAUGGGAGGAGUUGGCAAAAUUGGCCUAAGAAAGUUUCAUGCACCGAGGGCAAGACAGUUUGCCAGAGCUUCCGUCAUUCCGACUGUAAUCAUUCUUGCAGUAAAACACUGUUCGUCUGUAAGCCAGAGCACCAAUCAGAACAAACACCGCUCCUGUGGCAGGUAAAAGUUGCAU